UAAACUUACACUAUUUUGUUAAUAUCAUCCUAGUUUUAAGCGUAUUUGUUUGAUAUUGAGGUGAUAAACCUUUGACUUUUUUUAAUGAAAGUGAUUUAAAUGAGUGGCAUCUGAACUUCUUCAAUAGACAGAAGUUAGUGUUGGAAUUUAUCAGAUAUUACAGAACGAUUCAGCAGUUGAAAUGCACAAGGACAGUGUGGAUUUUUUAUCAAUGAAGUGACGUAACGCAUUGUAUCGCCAAUGAAAUUUCGAUAUCAAAUUUAUUGACAGGUAGGAGGAGUUUGAUAGAUAGCUACAUCUAUGAUUACAGAGAAGCGAUGAGCAAACGCUCGAAAUACUAGUAGUUAAGACAUUUUCAUAAAUUGUUCGCUAAGUUGACUGUGUAACAACCGUCUCUGGCCAAUAAUUAUAUUGAGGUUGAGGACACACCUCUGACGUGUCUCUUUGCUAAAUCCAGCCUUUUAUUGUAAUAAUUCGGUGCUAUAACGGAUGGGUUCUUGCUGGACAUAUAUGCGUUGUUACAUCGUGGAUUAAUUGUAUAAAUAUGCCUGAUGUUAAUUCGUAUCAUCACAUCGUGGUAUCUAUACUAGAUCUGAAUACUGUAAAACUAUUUAACUGUGAAAUAGUUAUUUAUAUAGCAAGAUAUGAGAAAAGAACAUAGUUUGAAAACAUUAGCAAAGUGUGUUGUUAUACUUUUUGCAAUUUGUGAUACUUGGGAGAUAGUCUCCACAAUGCCGGCUGCUGAUGAGGAUAUAGAGGCAUCUGAAAUAUUAAAGGAAAAAAUUGAAACAUUCAAAAUGGACAUACUAAACAGACUAGGAUAUGACCACCCGCCGGACGUGUCAAAUGUCACACACAGUAUUGAAGAAAAGAGAAAAAUGAUUAGGCAGUAUAGGACAUACAUGAAAGAGAAAGAAGCUUUGUAUAAAAAAGACCAAGAUGAAGAUGGCGAUGAUGAUCCAAAAGUUCUUUCAAAGACUUACUAUUCAUUAGAAUACAAAGGCGACUUUCCAGAAGCAAUAUCAAGUAACGACUGGUUUGCACAAAAAGCAAUUAGACUUUACUUCAAAUCCCAUCUUAGUCAUCCAAAGGACGACCACACAAAAGAGCUUUUUGUGAAUUCUGCGAAAUUAAAAGUGUAUUUUUCUAAAGUAAAACCUGAAAAUCUUAAAGAUAAACUUUCAGUUGAUAAAGUGAUACGGGUAAAUGUUUAUCAAAUUCUUUCAAUAAAAGAUUCGAGUGACUAUAAAAGGACUUUACUCGACUCAAAACUCGUGGACCUUUUGCAGCCAUCAACGGGGUAUUUUGAAAUUGGAAAAGCUGUCCAAAGCUGGGUAAACAACCAGUCAUUAAACCUCGGUAUUGAGCUUGCUGCCGACAUACAAGAUAUUAACGAAGUAGUUGAAAUAGACAAAACUGUGAUUGAAGAAGACGAUGUUAUAUCGCUUGGAACAAAUUCCACAGACGUUUCUCCGAGCGUUGAUAUAUACGCACAGGAAAAAGACAUAUUAAAGCGGGUAAAAAGACGUUCCCGGCGUCGAAGUGAUUGCCGACGAGAUGACGGAGAAACAAAAUGCUGCCGUUAUCCAAUCAAAAUUUCCUUUGCUGACAUUGGUUGGGAUGACUGGGUAAUCGCACCUCACGAGUACAAAGGAUAUUACUGCGCGGGUAAUUGUCCCUAUAGACACAAACCAGCCAAUACAUUUGCUGGAAUUAAGGCAAUACUACAUUUAAAACACCCAAAUAAAGUACCUUCACCAUGUUGUGUUGCGACAGCAUUAAGCCCCUUUACUAUUUUGCAUUAUAAUUAUAAUGGAAAAUAUCAGUUUAGUGAAUAUAAGGAUUUGGUAGUGGAAAAGUGUGAAUGUGGUUAAAUAUAUUUCUUUAACUAGAAACGAAUGUAGACGUUUGACAAACGUGCAAUAUGAAUUAUUUCAUCAUAAUUGUUGAAUGUACACCAUGUGUGUUGUUUUGAAACCUACUAAAACGGAAAUUUAAUUUUAUAGAUAACACCUGUACUCGUCAUCAAAAAAGGGAAUACUGAGGAUAUAUUAAAUGGCAAUUAUGGUUAAGAAAAAAGUGUGCCAAGUCCCCUUUUCAUUGAUACAUCACUUAGUUUUAAGUUUAUCUGAAUGUUAUAAUUCACCCACGCCCUUAUAAAUCCCAGUUACUUGCGGUGCAAGUAUAAACUGAAACUGUAAUAACUGAAACUGACUUUAAAAGAGUGUUCAUUGUGAAUGAAAAAAUCGUUGUUACUUGAUGCGUGUUUCAUUAUUUAUUACUAUUGUUACAGCAACAAAUGUUUUAACGGCAACAAACGGCAACACAUGUAACAACCGGCAACAAAUGUAAAAAUACCGGUAACACAUGUUACAACGGCAAUAAAUGUAACAAGGGCGGAAGCAAAUGUAACAACGUUUUGGCGAGAUAUUUCCUCCUCAGUAUCUUGAGCUCAUUUCGGUAACAACAUUAUCUUUACAAAUGGACGGAUGUUUGGUGUAAUUCAAUGUUAAAAUCUUUAGAACUCUUGAUUUGAUACCAGUUGAGAUCAACUAUUAUUAUUACUGUUAUUAUGACGGUGAUGAUAAUGAUUAUGAAUAGUGAUGAUGAUAUGGAUCAGUAUGAUGAUGUUGCCGAUUUGUUCCAUUUGUUGUCGCUGAAUAAAAGUCCAACUUUAUUAAUGUUUCAUUAUUGCAGAUUGCAUUUGUUGCCGUUAUCGCAUUUGUUGCUGGAACAAAUAUAUUUAUUUUUGUUUAAUUUAUUGUUGUUACAUUAUAAACUAUGGAACAAAUUAAAUGUGCAAUAAAAGAUGUCAUGUCAGACCA